AGGAAGGCAUUACUGGGUACCUACCUCCCAGCGGCUCUUUGGGGGUCAAAUUAUGGGCCAGGCCCUGGUGGCUGCAGCCAAGUCUGUGAGUGAAGACGUCCAUGUCCACUCCCUGCACUGCUACUUUGUCCGGGCAGGUAAACCCCGCACCCUGGCGCCUUGCUUGCAGCCACACUUGGUAGCCCAGUGGUUACUUCUUCUUUCCUGGCUUUGAAGGCUAACUCAAGGGUAGGAGGAGAGUUAGCGAGGAGGAUGAAGAAGGGAGAGAGAGAUGAUUCCCUGAAAGGUACCUGAGGGGCAGAGCAUGCAGCUUAGUACUAGCACACUUGGCUAGCACCAGGAGGGGUCUGUGUUCUAUCUCAGGGACCAGAACAAGCAGGGAGGGAGCCCAUCACUUGGCUUAGGUCUGCAACCUCAACAGUUUGGGAGGCUGAGACAGGCUCUGGAAACAACCUGCAUCCAUAUCACACUCACUGAGACUCAUUAAGUGCAUAUUCUGUUUCUUUUUAAAACUCUUUUAAAAAAUUAUUUAUUUUAUAUUAUGUGAAUACACUGUAGCUGUCUUCAGACACUCCAGAAGAGGGCGUCAGAUCCCAUUACAGAUGGUUGUGAGCCACCACGUGGUUGCCGAGAUUUGAACUCAGGACCUCUGGAGUAGCAGUCUGUGCUCUUACCCACUGAGCCAUCUUUCCAGCUCCAUAUUCUGUUGAAUGACGUGGACCAAUGCUUCUCUGCUCUCAGUGGGUCUUCCCUGGAGCUUUCUUGGUUGAUUUGAUUUUGAGAUAGGGUCUCAUUGUGUAGGCCUGGCUGGCCUCAGCCUUUAUGACCUCAGGCCGGGCUCUGUUCUUUCUUCAUUCUUUCUGCCUGCCUCUGCCUCCCAAGAGCUGGGAUUAAGGGCUUUUGCCACCAUACCCAACCUUCCUUCGUUUAUAAAAAAUAUGUAUAUGUAUGUAUGUAUUUGCUUAUUUUUGAGAGAUAGAUGUGUAUAUGUCUAUGCCUAAAUGAGUUCCACGCUGCUCUCCUGCUGUCUGAAGAGGCAGUGGGUACGCAGGAGUUUGGAGUUACUAGGCCUUGUGAGCCACCCUGUAGGCAGUAGGAACCAAACAGGUCCUCUGCAAGAGCAGACAGUGCUCUGAGCUCACGAGCGCCUCACUGUCCUUGCUUAUGUUGUUUUGAGACAGGGUCUCACUAUUUAGCCUGGCUGGCCUGAAACUCACCAUUCAAACCAGGGUGGCCUCGAAUUCACAGCGCUCUGCCUGCCUCUGGCUCCUGAGUGUUUUGGAGUAAGGGCCUGCACCUCCAUACCUGGCUCUCUUCAUUCUUUAUUCUCUUCUAGUGUCAAGACUGCUAAGUCUUCAUAGGGCUGUAAACUGCUAUUGGGAUAGAAGGUGGGAGGUUUGGAAAUUCAGUUUCAGCUUUAUAGUAAUUAGCACAGUAAUCUUGAAUGAGGUUACCUUCUUUGGCUAAGAUUGAGCUCAUCUGUGAAACAGAGGGGAGGUGGGACCAGAGAUGUUUCAAUAGGAUCUCUUAGACUCUUUAAGCUCUGUGCUCAGAUACGGGGGACUUCUCAUUGAAAACCCUUGGUCUGGGCUGGCGAUGUAGUUCAGCACUUGCAUGCUGCUUGCAGAGUGGUGGCCUCAUGUGUCCCUUGCUGGCCUCAGGCUUGCUGUGUAGCCAUGGAUGUCUCUAACUAAUGUUCUGAUCUUCUUGCCUGCAGCUCCUUGGUGCUGGGAUUAUAGGUACCACCAAACCUUUGCUGCUCUGUAGAACCCAGGAUUUCCUUCAUGUUAGGGGACCCGAAAGUGCCAGUGCUGUACCACGUAGAGAGGAUACGGACAGGAGCCAGCUUCUCAGUGCGCGCCGUGAAGGCUGUGCAGCAUGGCAAGGCCAUCUUCAUCUGCCAGGCCUCCUUCCAGCAGAUGCAGCCCAGCCCGCUGCAGCACCAGUUCUCCAUGCCCUCCGUGCCCCCGCCAGAAGACCUGCUGGAUCACGAGGCCCUCAUUGACCAGUACUUAAGGGACCCUAACCUUCACAAGAAGUAUCGAGUGGGGCUGAACCGAGUUGCUGCCCAGGAGGUACCUAUUGAGAUCAAGGUGGUGAACCCACCCACCCUGACCCAGCUGCAGGCACUGGAGCCCAAACAGAUGUUCUGGGUGCGUGCCCGGGGCUACAUUGGGGAAGGUGACAUCAAGAUGCAUUGCUGUGUGGCUGCUUAUAUCUCUGACUACGCCUUCCUGGGUACAGCACUGCUGCCCCACCAGUCCAAGUAUAAGGUGAACUUCAUGGCGUCACUGGAUCACUCCAUGUGGUUUCAUGCCCCAUUCCGAGCCGACCACUGGAUGCUGUACGAGUGUGAGAGCCCCUGGGCUGGUGGCUCUCGAGGGCUGGUGCAUGGGCGGCUGUGGCGUCGGGAUGGGGUCCUUGCUGUGACCUGUGCCCAGGAGGGUGUGAUCCGAUUGAAGCCUCAGGUGUCAGAGAGUAAGCUAUAGUGAAAGAUGCCUGGCUCGGCCUGGGGCUAAAAGGACUUUGCACUGCCAUUUCUGAGGCAGGAGUCACAGUUGAGAGCUGGGCUUCCUGCCUCUUACAUACAAUAAAGAGAUUGCUAACACUGGA